AUGGUGUUAAUCUACGUUGAUGAUAUCUUGAUUACUGGCAGCUCUACUACUCAAACUUUGACCUUAAUUGUCAAGCUCAAUCAAUUGUUUGACUUGAAGGAUCUUGGAGCCUUAAGCUACUUCCUUGGCAUUGAAGUGAAGCAAACAUCCCAAGGUCUUCGCCUUUGUACUUAUGGAUAUGAUCCUGUUGAAGAUCCCCAAUUUUAUAGGUCUAUUGUGGGCGAUUUGCAGUACCUGACCCUAACUCAUCCUGACAUUUCAUUUAGUGUUUACAAGGUCUGCCAAUUCAUGCAUGCUCCUUUUCAAUUACAUUGGUGUGUUAUCAAAUGCAUUCUUCGUUACUUGUCAAGCUCUAUUAACUAUGGUCUUCAUCUUCGUCGGUCCUCUUCUCUUGAUCUUGUAGAAUUCUGCCAUGGUGAUUGGGUCGCUAAUCCUGAUGAUUGCCAUUCUACAAAUGGGUUCUGCAUCUGUUUUGGUCUGAACCUGGUUGCUUGGCAAGCUAAGAAGCAACAGACAGCUUCUAGGUCCUCCAAUGAAGUUGAGUACCGAAGCUUAGCAACUGUCACUGCUGAACUUACUUGGCUCACAUCUCUCCUUGCUGAACUUCAUCACAAUCCUUCCUUUGUUCUAGUUAUUUGGUGUGACAAUCUCAGCACUGUGAUGUUAGCUGCCAAUCCCGCUCUUCAUGCUCGCACGAAGCACAUUGAACUUGAUCUGUAUUUUGUUAAGGUCCAAAAUCACACCAUCCAAGUUCAACAUGUUUCUUCCUAUGACUAG